AAAAUUGAGUUUCUGGUUUGCUAAUCUAAAUACAGGAGAUAACAGUGUAUAUAUACAUAUUUUCAUCAGUUAUCUCAAAAAAAAAUUUGAGAGGAAUUAAACAGGAAUAGCAAGAAGAUAUGGCAUUAUCUUCUAAUGACAAAGUAGUAGAGACAGUAAUUGUUGGAAAUUAUGUAGAAAUGGAGACUGAAGGUAAGUCUAUAAACGUUAAGUCCAAAAUCUCCAAUUUUUUCUGGCACGGUGGCUCUACUUAUGAUGCUUGGUUUAGCUGUGCCUCUAAUCAGGUAGCUCAAGUUCUAUUGACUCUGCCAUACUCAUUUUCUCAAUUGGGGAUGAUUUCUGGGAUUUCAUUUCAGCUUUUCUAUGGUUUAUUGGGUAGUUGGACUGCUUAUCUCAUUAGCAUCCUCUAUGUUGAGUAUAGAACCAGAAAAGAUAGAGAAAAAGUCGAUUUCCGCAAUCACGUUAUUCAGUGGUUCGAAGUUCUUGAUGGGCUGCUAGGGAAGCAUUGGAGAAACGUUGGUUUGGCAUUUAAUUGCACUUUCCUACUCUUUGGAUCAGUUAUUCAACUCAUUGCUUGUGCAAGUAACAUAUAUUACAUAAAUGAUAAUUUGGACAAGAGGACUUGGACUUAUAUCUUUGGUGCUUGUUGUGCCACAACUGUCUUCAUUCCUUCUUUCCACAAUUAUAGAAUUUGGUCUUUUCUUGGCUUGUUGAUGACCACUUUCACUGCUUGGUACCUUACUGUUGCAUCACUACUCCAUGGCCAGGUGGAGGGGGUGAAGCACUCAGGACCAACCAAAUUGGUGCUAUAUUUCACAGGAGCCACAAACAUUCUCUAUACAUUUGGGGGACAUGCUGUUACUGUAGAGGUAAUGCAUGCAAUGUGGAAACCACAAAAGUUCAAGGCAAUAUAUUUAUGGGCAACAGUGUAUGUGUUGACACUAACACUUCCAUCAGGAGCAGCAGUGUAUUGGGCCUUUGGUGAUUUGCUACUUGAUCACUCCAAUGCCUUCUCUCUUCUCCCUAGAACACCCUUAAGAGACAUGGCUGUCAUCCUCAUGCUCAUCCAUCAGUUUAUAACAUUUGGAUUUGCUUGUACUCCCUUAUAUUUUGUGUGGGAGAAGGCCAUAGGGAUGCAUGAUUGUAACAGUUUGUGCAAAAGGGCAGCAGCAAGGUUGCCUGUGGUUAUUCCUAUAUGGUUUUUGGCAAUAAUUUUCCCAUUCUUUGGGCCAAUAAAUUCAACAGUUGGAUCACUUCUAGUUAGCUUCACUGUUUACAUUAUCCCUGCUCUUGCUCACAUGUUCACCUUCAAAUCUGCUGCUGCUAGAGAGAAUGCAGUAGAACAACCCCCAAGAUUUGUUGGAAGAUGGGCAGGCACAUUCACAAUAAACAUAUUUGUAGUUGUUUGGGUAUUCAUUAUUGGCUUUGGAUUUGGUGGUUGGGCUAGCAUGCUCAAUUUCAUUCAUCAAAUUGACACAUUUGGUCUAUUCACCAAAUGUUACCAAUGUCCAUCUCCUAAACAAUUCCCCAUCCCACCUCCGCCUUACACCGCCGCUGCUCCACAGCCUGCUCCGGCCAACUUCACUCACCCUUGAGUUAAUCAAAUAACUAAGCCUUGUUGGCUUUAUUUUUUUGAUAUUUUUUGUAACCUUUCCCAGGGAAAUUUUUAUUUUUAGCUAGGUUUAGAUAUUGAUUGGAAGUUGUAAUGGAGUAUGCCACAAAAUUUGCAAUUCCCUCAUUCUCUUUAUGAUAAUUGUUGAUCUUCUAUUAUGC